GCAAGUCACAUGUCAUCAAUGAGUCCUACGACGCCAUCCCCAUUUGCAAGUGACAUGUCAUCAACGGAUCCUACGAAGCCAUCCUCAUCUGCAAGUGACAUGUCAUCAAUGAAUUCCACGACGCCACCCCCAUCUGCAAGUAACAUGCCAUCAAUGAAUUCUACGACGCCAUCACCAUCUGCAAGUCACAUGUCAUCAAUGAAUUCUACGACGCCAUCACCAUCUGCAAGUGACAUAUCAUCAAUGGAUCCUACGAAGCCAUCCUCAUCCGCAAGUGACAUGCCAUCAAUGAAUUCUACGACGCCAUCACCAUCUGCAAGUAACAUGCCAUCAAUGAAUUCUACGACGCCAUCCCCAUCUGCAAGUCACAUGUCAUCAAUGAGUCCUACGACGCCAUCCCCAUUUGCAAGUGACAUGUCAUCAAUGGAUUCUACGAAGCCAUCCUCAUCUGCAAGUGACAUGUCAUCAAUGAAUUCCACGACGCCACCUCCAUCUGCAAGUAACAUGCCAUCAAUGAAUUCUACGACGCCAUCACCAUCUGCAAGUCACAUGUCAUCAAUGAAUUCUACGACGCCAUCACCAUCUGCAAGUGACAUAUCAUCAAUAGAUCCUACGAAGCCAUCCUCAUCUGCAAGUGACAUGCCAUCAAUGAAUUCUACGACGCCAUCACCAUCUGCAAGUAACAUGCCAUCAAUGAAUUCUACGACGCCAUCCCCAUUUGCAAGUCACAUGCCAUCAAUGAAUUCUACGACGCCAUCCCCAUCUGCAAGUGACAUGACAUCAAUGAAUUCUACGACGCCAUCACCAUCUGCAAGUUACAUGCCAUCAAUGAAUUCUACGACACCAUCCCCAUCUGCAAGUCACAUGUCAUCAAUGAGUCCUACGACACCAUCCCCAUCUGCUAGCGAAAUGGCUCCAACGGUGGCUAGCAUUAUUCCAACGGUAGCACCUACGUGUCCUCCAGGAUUUACUGGUAGUAAUUGCUCCAAAGAUAUUAAUGACUGUGAAUACGAAAACUGUUCAGGAAAUGGAAACUGCCUCGACAGAAUAAACGGUUUUAUAUGUGAAUGUGAAAAUGAUUACUUUGGAGAAAGCUGUGAGAAAAAACUCAGUGCCUGUAAUCCAAACCCAUGCGAAAACGAUGGAACUUGCAAAGAGGAUGGUGAAACGUUCAAAUGUACAUGUACUUCAGCGUUUGAAGGGACAACUUGCCAAUCAGAGAAGCCUAUCCAAGUAUUUGCCGGCACAAUGAAAUUGGAUCAACGGUAUAACCGGGACUAUGAUGACAUCAAUUCGCCAACAUCUCGUGCCUUCAUUACAGUUUUGGACUCGAAAUUAAAACCAUUUUUCAAAGAGAAAUUUCCAGAUUUAAAAGAUAUUAUUUACAAGCGUCUUUUCAACGGAAGUGUUGGAGUUGACUAUGAAUUGCUAUUUCCAACAACCUCAAAUGUGACCGAUGUAAAAAUCGUGCAAGCUCUCAAAGAAGGUAAUGGCUCGAGCGCACUGGGAUUUUUGAGGCUGACGGGAGAUAUAACCAUAAAGAAGCAGGUUGUUCAGACGACAGCAGCACCGACGACAGCAGCACCAACUGCAACCACAGAAAAAUCGACAAUCAAGGACUGGGAGAUCGUGCUAAUCGCAGCUGCAACAAUUGUCUUUUUUCUAUUGGUGGCUAUUGGCGUUUUGGCAGUGAAAUACAGAAACGCUAAACAGGGUGAAAAGAAGGAAUUGUAUGCCCUUGAUGGAGACUGGCAACUAAUGGAAAACGGGCAUAAUGGCUUGAGGGCUCAGUCGCAGAGCUAUACGUCUCCAAUGUACGACAAAGUACUUGGAUCUGACAACAAGGCAUAUCAGCUUGACAGUGCAUUGUAAAUUUAAUGAAAAAGAAAAAAUCAUCAACGAGGUCAAAAAGAUCAGCCAGUUUAAAAUGCCUCUUAGAACUCUGUGGCCUCAUCCUAACAGUUGGUUUGAUAACAAAAUGACCUUAAUUUAGAUAUUCAAGCUAUCCAAGUUGAUGGUAAUAAAAUUCUGUUUCUCUGAGGUAUCACUUAACUUCACGUGCGAUAAAUUCGUUACAUACUAUUUCAGAAAAAAACGACAAACAUUUGAGGGAUUUAAGGAUCUAGAAAGUGUAACCGACAUUGAAAAUAUGUACACAGUUUUUUUCAUGAAUUAUUUUACAUUUGUCCAGUUAACAAACAAAUAAACCCAAUGCCGUGGGACCGUUUGGUAACAGAUCAGAUAUCAAGUCAACUUGACGUGUUGAAAGAAUCAGUGAUCAAUUACACUCUCACCUGAGUCACGAACUUUUUGUUCGUACAUCAUUUUGACAUGUCAUGUACUUCUUACCUUACAAAGACAACGAAGUGAUACCUGCAAAGCUGGAAAGGCUAGACUAAUUUGGCGCACGUGCAAAUCUCCUAAGAUUUUAUAAGAUGUUAUUCUACCUAAAAUAGCAAGGACAAAAAAGGAAAUUUGAAUCAAGAACAGCGGUACGUUCGCAUGAAUAAUGAAAUUGUGUGUCGGUCAUCCUCAGAGGUACUUGUGCAGCGGGAGAUAUUUGUUACUUAACGCAAACUUAACGAUGCAGAGAACUUAGUGAGUAACUAUGAACCAAAGGGCUAGGACAAUUUUUCAAGUUUACUCUUUGAUAUGCUUAGUGGUCAAUUUUUGUGAGCUUUCGUCUCAAUACCGCUAAUAAAUUAGUUUCUAUUUUGCAACAA